AUGAAAGCAUCUGUCUUGACCUUGCCCAUGUCCUUCGCCGGUCUAAGCAUGGCGGUUGAUCUGCGUUCAGAUAUUCCAGAGGGCUACACCAUUGUACCUAUGACUUGGGUCGGCCCUAUCGAAGAAGGCGGCAAGAGCUACACCUUCAAGGGUACAGCUGAGGAGGUGUUGGCUCAGAUCGAAAAGCUUAACCCCAACUUCGCCGAGUUCGCUGACAGCAAAAUGAAAGAUGAUAGUAGUAAGUUUUAUCCGCGAAUCUCACAUCUGACUGCUCAGACUCGCGUUGCUUGCGAUGGCGGAGGUCCAAAUGGGGGCCAAAGCAUGCGCACCAAAGUCAGUGACGCGCGCCAAGGAAUUGAUCAUCUCAAAAGGCUUGGGGACUUUGGAUGCGGUGCUCCUGCAAGAUCGUGCGCACGCAUGACAUGCAAUUGGCAGUCUGCCAUCUGGUUCUGUAACGACAAUGACUACGAGGUCAGUGACCGUUGCGACUGGCAGGGCUACUUGGGUGAGCUGGUGAUUGAGAAAUGCCAGCGGCACGUCAAGGCUGACUGCUGGGUUCCCAAUCCCGUUUGUACCAAUUGCUGCCAGGCCAUUGACACGUGGCUUGUUAUGGGCGCUCAGUAUGAUGUACGAAAUUGGAACGUCAUGAUCAACGGAGGUUGCUAG